ACUGUCAUUCGAAUUACGAAAUUGUUGCUACUUUGCUUAGUCCGAUAAUUUGUGAAAAUGUGGUACGAAAUUCUGCCCAGCGCUUUCAUUAUCACAGCAGCCUUAGGUUUGCCAGGAUGGGGUCUUUAUCACAUUCACAAUUUAGUUUUAGGCAAUCAUUAUAGGCGCACUCUUGACUCCAGGUGGGAUCGCCAUAUUUACCAGAGGGAUCUGAGACUUAAUGGAAAUCCCUACAAACUAACUGGUCUGGAGACAAUUGAUGAUUGAAAGAGACAUUCAUUACUGUAGACCUAAUUGAUUGAAUUAUGUUCUAUAUUAGAUAUUUUUGUUGCUAAUAAACACACAGUAAUUUAUUUUGUUGUUUGAA